AUGCCUCCUAGUGCUCAAGGCCUUGUGCAAGGCGGUUAUGGGGCUGUCCUGCCCAAUGAUCCAAACACUGAUGUACAUCAGCAGAAUAAUGAGAAUACACAGGCAUACAUCAAUAACCCGAGUCCAGAUGAUCUGCCUAUUCUUGAGCAAUUAAUGGGUACCCGCCGCAAGAUGCGCAUAGCCAUCCUCGGCGCCGGACUUUCGGGUUUGAAUUUCCUAAAGCGGGCGGAGGAGAGGCUCAAAAACGUUGAGCUGGUCUGCUACGAGAAGAACGCCGACGUUGGAGGCACUUGGUAUGAGAAUCGGUACCCUGGCUGCGCUUGUGAUAUCCCUAGCGUUGUGUAUCAGUUUCCAUGGCGGCCUAAGCCUUGGUCAACCUACUAUUCUACCUCGCCCGAGAUUUGGGCGUACAUCAAGGAAGUGGAGCAGGAGAAUAAGUUCAUUGAGAAGUACAUCAAGCUCGAACACAAAACCACCGUGGUAUCUUGGUCAGACGAAUCUGCCCAAUGGACAAUUUCUCUCAAGGACCUGCGAACGGGGCGCGAAUUCCAUGAUCAUGCAGACCUCGUCCUAGAUGGCUGUGGCGUCUUGAACAAGUGGAAAUGGCCCAAUAUUCCUGGUCUUCAUGACUUCAAGGGCGACCUCCUACAUUCUGCGCAAUGGAAUCAGAACGUGUCCCUCGAAGGCAAACGCGUUGCAUUGAUCGGCGCCGGCUCAUCAGCCGUUCAAAUCCUGCCUAACAUCUAUCCAUCAGCAGCCAAGAUCUACCAUUGGGUUCGGAACAAGAUAUGGAUCACUGCGGGCUUCGCGCAAGCUUUCGCCGGACCCAACGGCUCUAACUUCAAAUACAACGAGGAGCAACUGGACUUGUUCCGAAAUCACCCAGAUGCAUAUCUCACCUACUGUAAGAUGAUUGAGGGCGAACUGAACCAGCGUUUCAGCUUCAUUGUGAAUGGCUCCCAGGCGCAGAAAGAUGCCAGAGCAUACUCGGAGAAUGAGAUGAAGACCCUUCUCAAAGACCGCCCAGAUCUGGUCAAGAAUAUCAUGCCAACCGACUUCUUCGUCGGCUGCCGACGACCGACCCCCGGCAACGGCUACCUCGAAUCCCUCCAAGGAUCCAAAAUGACCGUCUACGACACCCAACUCGGCCGCAUCACGCCCACGGGCUUCAUCGACCCUUCCGGCGACGAAAUCCCCGUAGACGUCAUCAUCUGCGCCACAGGCUUCGACACCUCUUACAAGCCACGACAGCCCUUCCUCGUCAACGGCGAAGACAUGCGCGAGAAGUGGAAAGACCACCAUCACGUGCCCUCCUAUCUGAGUCUAGCCUUUGGCGAGGUACCCAACUACUUCUGCUUUGCGGGCGCGUACUGUCCGAGUGCGCACGGUUCCUUCUUCCCCUUGAUUGAGGGGUGGACCAGCUACUUUUGCCAAGUGAUCGAGAAGAUGCAGACCGAGUGCAUUAGGAAGGUCACGCCCAAGAAAAAGACAACGGAUGCCUUUGUCAAGCACGCUGACACGUUCCUCAAACGCACAGCCUGGACGGGCCCCUGCUCCUCCUGGUUCAAAGGCGGCAAAGUCGACGCCCCGCCCGCCAUCUACCCCGGCAGCCGCCUGCACUUUCUGCGCCUGAUCGAGCACCCGCGCUGGGAGGACUACGACAUCGAGUACGACCAGGAGGAUAUGUGGGCGUACCUGGGUAACGGCUUCCACGUCUGUGAGCGCGAUGGGAGUGACAUUACGUGGUAUCUUGGCAGGCCGAAGACGGAGGUGGAUCGGAAUUGGGUGCGGAGUGUUAUGAGUGGUGAGAAGGGGAUUGAAAUGAAGAGACCUGCGUGA